UCAUAUUCAUAACAUGUGACUUGUGAAGCCAUGAAAUGAAUUUGUAAAAACUGAACACUUAAUACCGACGAAGUCUUCCAUUCUGUCGCCUUACGAAAAAAAUAUAUAUAUUUCGUGCUAUUACAGAUGCCUUCAAGUUUAACAUAUCUUUAGCUCAAGACAAGUCUUCCAUUUCUGCUAAAAAGAACAAUUUCGAAAGUGAUAGAAAAGGUUGUUAUAAACUGGUAGCUAAUCGUAAUUCGAAUUCUGAGGACCAAGUUCGUAUCGCUUUCAAGCUUUGCUAAUUUUAGAUUUUAAAUAACAUUUACAGUUAGUAGUAAUAUUUGUCUUCCAUCUUCGGAAAUAGAGUAUUUUCUGCUUUUAUGAACAAUUUUGACAUGAAGACUUCAAAAAAGCAGCUGCAGCACACUGGAACUCAUGCCAUUGAAUCGAGUUCCAUUGGCGAAAGCUCCUCCACCCCCAGCAGAUCAUCUAGGGCUCGUAAUGUAGGUCCCGUUGACAAUAAGCUUUUAUUUGAGAGAUUGUGGAAAGGCACUUUUCGUGCUAUCGUUGAGGCAAGUUUACAGUCCCGAGAUAAAGAAAGCACAAUUGCUUUAGCCCGCAGGAGCACGUUAAAGAGUGUGAUCAGUGUUAAAGAAAGCCACCAAAUUGCAGAAGCCAGCCAGGAAAAAAAUGCAAAGAUGCGAGAAGCUCUUGGUAUCAGUCCAUUCUUUGUAGAAGGGAGCUCAUUGGAUCCAGAAAGGAAGUCCAAAGAAGCUGCAGCAGCUGCUGCCGAGGAAGCUAAAAAGAAAUAUACGCUUAUUCCAGAUUCAAGCAGUGAUUCUUCGCCUGAAAAAUCUCAAGAAAAGGAAAAGAAUAAGAAGAGAAAAAAGAAGAAAUCUCAUAGUAGUCGAGAAAGAGGUGAUACUGUUUCUAAGAAAAAGAAAAGUGCAAAAAGGCACAGAAAAGAACGAUCUGAAUCAGUAGAAGUUCAUAAAAAGAAAAAGUUAAAAAAACCAAGCAAAGAAAAAAACAAGCAUAAAAGCAACCAUAAGAAACAGCAUACACGUUCUAGCUCAAGUAGCUCAGCUAGUGAAAGUGACUCACAAGAGGAAGAGAGCAGUAGCAGAUCGAGUAGUAGAAACAGCAAUUCUGAAGUUGAGAGUGAUAUGCUUCGUAAAAAAUCAAAACCUUCUGCUAAAAUUGACCAGAGCCACAAAGAGCAUAGAAAAAGAAGUUCAAGUUCUGAAAGCAUUAGAUAUUCCAAAGAUUCUCGUUCAAGAAAAGAUAUUUAUGAAGCUAAAAAGGCAAAAAGGAAAAGAAAACCAUCUCAUUCUUCAUCAUCAUCCUCGUCAAGAAGCUCAUCACCAAAGCAAUAUUUCAGACUCGAACCAGUCCUGUUAAAGUCAAAGCAUAAGAAAGGUCAUCAUCAAAUAAUUGAAAUACCUACUAAUAAUGCUUUUGAACUGAAAAAAUAUGACAAGAAGAAGCGAUCUCGGCAUUCUUCUUCCAGUGUUGAGGAAUUAUCUAAGCAUGAAGGCAAAAAACGUAAAAGGUCUGAUUCUCCAACUUCAGCUAAAUCUUCAAAACACUAUUCGGGAAGGGAAACAGACAAAGGCUCUAAGCAGUCAACUUCUUAUAAAAGUUCUAGAUCAGAUAAAGAAGGGCACCAUCGUCAUUCUCCAGAGAAACAUAGACAUCAUAAAUCUAGAUCAAAUGACAGUCCUCACUUGUCACAGAAUCGAAAAGCUAGAUCUGUCUCUCCUGAUUCUGAGGAUGCUCUUCCGAAAAAAAGGAAAGAUAAUUAUCAGGAGGAAAGUGUAGAAUACACCAAAAAAUCCAGUUCAAGCAAAAAGAAACAAAGCAAAUAUGACUCUCCUUCUCCUAAGCGCAAUGGGACUUCUAAGCCUGCUACUAAAUCAUAUUCUCCUGAAUCUGAUGUCUCUAAAAAAAGUGCAAGAUCUGGCUCAUCUAAAUAUAGAAAGCAAAUUCAUGCCACUCCUCCACAAUCUCCUCCUGUUUAUAAACAUAAAAAGCAUAUUUUACAAUCACCAGAUUAUGUACCAAAUAAUGAGCCUGUUAAAAAGAGAAGUCAAAAAUCGGCCUCACCCUCUCCAUCACCUCCUCGAAAAGAAAAAUAUAAAAAAUCUCAGAAGUCAGGAAGGAACUCUUCACCAGAACAAAGCAUCAGGAAACAUAAUCGUAAGCAAAAAAGUCAGUCUCCUGUAUCUGAUAGCAAAUAUAGUAAAGAUAAAGAAUCCAAAAGAUUUCAGCAGCAAUCGAAUGGAGAGUCAGGUUAUUCAGGAAAGAAAAAGUUAGAAACAGAUACAAGAACAAAGAGUCCAAGUUAUCCCCGUACUAUUAAAAGCAAAUCUAAGCGAGAGAUUGUUGAUAGCAAUAGAUCUCUAAGUCCAGAUUCUGAUGAUGCUAAGAGACAUGUAAAGAAAAAGAAACGAUUUAGAGAAGAAGCAGAUGAGUGCAGUAGAAGUUCUAGUAGAAGUCCAUCUCAUGAAAGGAGAAAGUAUUCCGAUUCAAAGUUAGACAAAACUCACUCAUCAAAUGAAUCUCGACAGCCUCAAAGCAAAAAUUAUGCUUCAAAUUCCAAUGACACUACUCAAGUCAGUUCAUCUAAAACUAACUUACAACAUAGUCGCAGAGACUCAAACUAUGAAAUUCCAACUCGUAUUGUAAAAGACGCAGAUUCUAAGAUUCAGAAACGUAGUCGCAGUCCACAAGUUGAGACUCAGACAAUAGAAAUAACUACCCACAAAGUUAUUGUUAGUGAUCAAGAAAGUCCUAAAGCAGACAGGCCAAAUUCUUCUAGAAAGAUGAGUAGUUCUCCUUCAAAUAAACCAAAAGAACAAAGCAGCACUGUUGCUACUGAAUUGCCUGAAGAAAACAUCAGUCGAAACAAAGGUAAAUGGGUGACGGUUUCGAAUGGAGUUCAGCCAAGUAAAACUUCACCAAAUAAAGAUUUCGAUGAAGGUCCAAUUGCCAAAAAGUAUUCAACUUCACCAACAAAAGAAGUAAAUAAUUCAAGAGAUUCUGAAAGGCCAACAGUAUUUGAAAAUGAAAAUGCAUCUAAAAAAAGUGAAAAUGCUUCAAAAAGUAGUCCUCACAUAAAGAGUAGUUCGAGUCAUAGCAAGAAAGAUAGUUCUCGAAAAAUUAGGAAUUCAAGAAGUCGAAGCAUUUCACACAGUCGCAGCAGAAGUCAUAGUGUCAGAUCUAGUAGAAGUCGAAGCAGAAGCUACAGCAAAAGUCGCAGUAAAAGUUACAGCAAAAGCAGGAGUAAAAGCUACAGCAAAAGUCGCAGUCAUAGUAGAAGCCGGAGUCAUCGAGAUAGUCGCAGUAGGAGUCACAGCAGAAGUUGUUCUGCAAGUUAUAGUAGAAGUGGAAGUGUAUCAAUUUGUUCAAGGUCUCGUUCCCGCUCCUAUUCAUCUCGUUCCCGUUCACGAUCCAUAGCUCGGAGUCCGUCCAUUCCUCGACGCCGCGGCUCUCCGAGUUUUUUGGAUAAACGUCGUAUCACCAGCGCUCGAAAGAGACCGGUUCCAUAUCGACGGCCCUCACCACCCACACCUAGCAGUACUAGUUCUUGGUCUUAUCACUCUUUUUCCAGAUCUUCCUCCCCUCUACAUCCUACGAAACACUCCCCCGCUUCCAUUUCCAGCUCCAGAAGUUAUCGCAGUCGCUCUCAUUCCUGGAGUCCAAUUCUUAAACAAAAAUAUGAACUCACAGUAAAUAGUGCAUUUCGAUAAUGCUUUGUUUGCUAUUUCAAUUGGUGCACCUUUGCUUGCAAGAACAAAAGUGUAUGGAUUUUAAUAUUUGUUAAAUAUAUUUUCUUGAGCUUUAAUCUAAUUAAUUUAUUGAAAAGCAUUUUGUUAACUUUAAAAACUUAUACAAUUUUAUUGCUUCAACUAAGUAUAGUGAUACUGAAUAAACAUAUUGUUUAAGACACUUUUAAAAGGAACCAAUUGCUGUGCCAUUGAUUUUGGAAUUGUUAUGUUCUUGAUUUUUUUAUGUGCCAAUGUACCACUUUAUUAAACUAUAAAAUAUGCAUAUUAUCUAAAUGUGUGAUUUGCUAAAACACAAAUUUAAAAGUAUCUUGCAUAAAGUUCAUUCAAACAAAUUUGUUUUCUUAAUCUACGUGUUCUUUUUAACUAAUCCCAUUUUUAAUUUUUUUUUCUCAAAUUUAUUUUUAUGUAAUAAUAUCAUUUUGUAGUAAAUUAAUGAAUUUUUUUUUUGUAUUAAACUAUUCCUCCUAAAAAUUUUCUUAUCAUAUUGAAAAAUGCACCGUUGUCUAGAAGUAAUUUUUACUUUAAACAAAACAUUUUUUUCCGUGUUAGUAAAUUUAAUUAGUGAGAUUUUAUUUUUUGGUGCAAUUUUACUCUAAUAGCUGUGAAAGCAAUCAAGUGUAUGUAGAGAAAUUUUUGUGCAUAUUUUGAUCCUAUUUGUAGUAAUUAUAAUGUCUUGUGAUCUUUAGCUGUAGUAACAAACUUCUGCAUUUGAAAUCAUAUAUGUAUAAAAACCUGUCAAUAGAGCUAUUUUAUAUGUUGUGGAAUAAUUUUUUCAAUGUAAUGGAUUUUUUUUUUUUUUACAUUGUUUUGAGUUUUUGCAAUGUGGUGGACUCAAACGUGUUAAACUUAGUACGGUCUACCAGAAAAUACAUUUAUUUUGGCUGUAAAAUAAGCUCUUCAUUUAUGAAAUUAAGUUUUUUUCAGUUGCAUUCAUUAAAAUGUUUUUCGGUUUUGGAUUUAUCACUGUAUAAAAGUUAUGGUAAUAAAAUGUAUGUAUGUUUGUUAUAA